ACAAAUGUGUCUUCACUUCAACUAACAACCGACUCACUGCUCACAAAUCAUAACCAAGAUUAGAGCGUGCUGAUUACGUGUGUUCUACUGUGUAUUUCCUACAUUCAUGUUUUCGACUCCCAUAAUAAUGUCUCAAGAAUUCGACUUUUGAGUCUGCCAAUCUUUCCACACACGGCACCACCAAGACUUCAACCAUCAUUGUCUUUAUCUUGAGAAGAAAUUUAAUGACAGAAAGCUCGAAUGGUGGAAAAUUAAUGGAAACCACUCGCCGUUGAAGAAAAGUUUGCAUUCUUUGGUAUUUGUGCGGAGGUGGAUUUCUGCUAAAUCAAGAAAUUGUUUUUGGCACUGUGACCGUUCAACUGGAGUGAAGUACCGGUGAAACAUGACUACUCAAGGGAACGUACAAAUUCGAUUCGUUAAAUGCCCAAGGUGCCGGAAGAUUCUACCAGAGUUGCCAGAGCUUCCAAUGUACAAAUGUGGAGGGUGUGGUAUUACUCUCCAAGCUAAACGUCGAAAUCCGGAGACUAACCAUUCUGAAUUACCCUCACAAGAAACAGAUUCUGCAGAAGGAGGCCAACAGGGUAAUGUUUCAGGAGGGAUGGAAGGCAGAAGCUCGACUGCUGAUUUAACCGAUUCUCCUAAAGUUGAAUCUUCGCCAGAUGAAGGCGAGAUACGACGUCUAGAUGAUUUUGACAGCUCUGUGAAACUCUCUCACGACAGAGAUGCUCUCUCUACUAGUCCUCGGACUGAAGGUUUUUCCUCAGAAGUUCGAGCAUCUUUAAGAAACAACAGAAGUGCUGAAAGACAUAGAGGCAAAUUUGAAGAUGAGCAUGUCGACUAUGUGGAACUCUCUCACAACAGAGAUCCCUCCGACAGCCUUCCUGGUUCACCUGACAUUACUAGUCCUCAGAGUGAAGGUUUUUCCUCAGAAGUUCGACAAUCUUUCAGAAACCACCCUUUGGACAGAAGUCCUGAAAGAUAUCGAGGUAAAUCUGAAGAUGAACGUGACGACUCUAUGGAAGUCUCUCGCGAAAGAGGUGCUUCUGAGGGUCUUUCUAGCUGUGAAACUUCUCCCAAAGAAGUUCAAGAAUCAUCGGAAAAAACUCCUUUAGACAGAAGCCCUCAAAAACGUCGAAGCAAUGCUGAUGACCAUGAGGAGUGGACUGCCGGUUCAAACUCUUUGGAUGGACUACCUAGCUCGGGUGAGAUCAGUCUCGAGGCUGAAGCAUAUACCCAAGAAUCCAGUGAACAUGUAGAGCAAAUGAAAGAUGGAGAAUCAGAACAAGUUUGGACAAAAGGCGCCGGCCUUGUUGAUGAAGUUCAGAAUUUGCCUGAAUAUGAAGAUCAAGAGAGUGGCUUGAUGGAGAGGAUUGAGGAAAACAAUGCUCUACCAGAAAAUGAAGGAACGACUCGGACCUUCUUAAACGAUGAAUCUAGUGGUGAAAUUAAGCAUGUCGGACCAACUUCGCCUUCUGCGAUGAUAUCUCAUGAAAUCAGCAUCGCAUCAACAUCAGCUGAGGUAGUUGGUGAUGGCUCCAGAGGUCUUCCUGUUUCUAGAAGCCCGAUUGCUGAAAGGAGCAUGAGUCCUAAAGCCAGUGCUCCAGUUCACGCUCCUAGGAGCCCCUCAAGAGGGAGUCUCGUGUCAUUCUAUCUUACGACUGAUGAUGAACAGCUCGAUGGUUCUCCAAGAGAAGUUGCACGUACUUUUGAGAGAUUUAACUCUACAGACACACUGGGAAGUUCACAUCUCGGUGACCAUAGCUCCGAGAUCAACGUUAGGCAUGGACCGCGGCUUUUUAUCAGAACAGCAGGAGCUACUAUGCUUAUGAUGGCUAACGAUGUGGGACAUAUCCGAGCCAGAGAAAAGCUCAGAAAUGGUGGAUUUAGUGGGAACAAUGUGGCGAAGAGUGAAGCAGAGAGGGCUCAUCGGGCAACAAGUCCCUUGAGCCGUGAAAUGCACUUCCCUUGGCACAGAGGUCAGAAUAGGAUGAGACUCAAUUCACAAGGAGAUGUCUCGAGAGCACCAUUCCCUUCGAGAGAUCACACUGCUGGACACAGACCUCCAGUUCAUCGGCACAAUUUGCUUCCACCCCAUUCAGCUUUCGACUUACCCGAAAAGUCUUCAUACUCGAAUCCAGAGCAACUCGAUCUGUUGAGAACGGUACAUCAUCUGAAGGAUCAGCUUGAGAGGAUGCAAUUCAAUGCUCUUCCUUACUUAGAAGCUGAAAGGGAAAUGUAUGCAGAUGUGAGCCAUUCAGGUCCAUGUAACAGGCGAAACGAUCGUGCCAAGGGUUAUGGUGAAAGAUACAAUGAGAGGAGAAUGGCUUUCUCGGGCGAGGCUGCACAUUUUCGACACCAAGCUAGCUGCUCUUGUUUGCACUGCAAUCAGCAAGAUUGGCAACACCGUAAAAAUGGCCAUCGUGCCAUCCACGCUGACCAUAACUGCUGCGGUAGCUCCAACUCUUUGAGCCCCCACCGUUAUGCAACCUCUGAGCCCUCAUCAUGGGGCCGUGAGACAAAGUCUGACAACCAGAGGCUUGAUGAGAUCAGACGGACGCAGUUGAGGGAGAAAUACAGUGCAGCCAAGAGGCACCUCCGUCCCAUAGCCGGUGGAGCCCGGUUAUCACUUGUUACCAUUGUUCACAACUGCUCCAGCUGCCAGUGGACUUUCUCCUAUUCAAGAAAAGGUAUCAUCAGCUGA